CCGCCACUUAUUACUCGUUUUUGACAAAAGACCUUCACGGUACGCGGUGGGGAAAGUUUGGGCACCUCGACUUUGACAACUGCUGCAGCUACUACGCAACCGCAUAGUACAUCCACUUAUUGUUCACGUCACACUCAGUUCUCUCUUCCUUCUCGACCAUGGGGAAGCCUAGACUUAUCAUCCUGAUCAGACACGCCCAGUCUGAGGGUAACAAGAACCGCGAUAUCCACCAAACGAUUCCCGACCACCGCGUAAAGCUCACAGACGAAGGAUGGCAACAAGCAUACGAUGCCGGCCGCCGGCUGCGUAAGCUGUUGCGCGCCGACGACACCAUCCAGUUCUUCACCAGUCCCUACCGCCGCACACGCGAGACCACAGAAGGCAUCUUGGCCACUUUGACCAGCGACGACCCGGAACCCAGUCCCUUCAAGCGCAACCACAUCAAAGUCUACGAAGAGCCUCGCCUACGAGAGCAAGACUUUGGAAACUUUCAGCCAUGUAGCGCAGAGAUGGAACGCAUGUGGCAGGAGCGCGCUGACUACGGUCACUUCUUCUACCGGAUCCCUAAUGGAGAGAGUGCCGCAGAUGCAUACGAUCGAGUCAGUGGCUUCAACGAAAGUCUCUGGCGCCAGUUCAAUGACGACGACUUCGCCAGCGUUUGCGUUCUAGUUACACACGGUCUUAUGUCGCGAGUCUUCCUUAUGAAGUGGUACCACUUCAGUGUCGAGUACUUCGAGGAUCUGCGAAACGUCAAUCACUGCGAGUUUCUCAUCAUGCGCAAGAACGACAGUGGCAAAUACAUAUUGGAAAACAAGUUGCGAACGUGGUCGGAGCUCAGAAAGGAGCGUGCUGCACAACAGGCUCUCUUGACCGGAGGAAAGUCCAAGCUAGACUCGGCCCCUUCCCCCACCCCGCGCAUGCCUUCCGACCCGAGCGCACCACCAGUCGAGAUGCGACGGCGGUGGGGAGGUUGUCCGAACGGCUGUAACCACGACAAGAACUUCAAGAUCCGCUCGACGCUUGCCGACCUGGUCAAGACCGACCACAUGAUUUCAAACCACGUUACCUCCACCGAUAUCACUGUUACCGAUAGCGCGAGUGGUAAUUCGACAGACGCCGAUACCCCCAGUGUAGCUAGCAGCAGCAGCAUCGCGUUUACAGAUGGGGCCGGCCCUGCUACUGGCAAGGCUCAAGGAGUCGCCAACGCCUCUUUCAACGGUACCGCACUGCCUAAUGGGCCGACGAUUGCGAGCCGGAGACCGACGGCCAAACGUAUUCAGUCUACUAGCAGCGGGGCCACACUGUCGCCAGCAGUGGCACACGCUGGUCCGGUCAUCGACAUAACCAAGGCGCGAGAAGAGGUCGUCUCGAGUCCAGACGGCACGCCAUCCUUUAUAUCGAUCGAAGACCGCCUACGAAACCAUCUCAAGAGUCCCAGCGCGCCGCCCCGUCCCCAUAGCCAUAGCCUUCAUAUUGGUCGUGAUGGUGGAGGCACCUACAGUGGACAUAGCAGCAGUGAAACUGAGUUGUCAGAUGAUGAGCGGCGCAAGAAUGUCAAGGCCAAAACCCCGAGUGGCGGACUCACCCCCCAUGCUGUUCGUCCAGUACCACACCGCCAUCCUAGCCGGGAUCAGAGCCAAAUGGGCCGCGGCGCCAAAGCCAACCGUCUAGGUGAUCAUCCUCCCAGUAGCGAUGGCGAGCAUGAAGCUGAUGGAGAGCACGAGCCUGACUGCGAAGAAGAUGAAGAAAAUAGCGGCCAGGAGCAGGAAGAGGGCGCGAGGCUUACCGAGUCAAUAAAGAAGAAGCAGAGUCUAGAGGACUUGGCAGACGCGGAGAAGGAAGAUAGAAGCCUGCGAGGGAGUGUGUACUAGGACUCUCUUAUUCUUUACACUUUCUUCUGCACUCUGGCUGUCUUGUCUCUUUUCUUCUUCCUGUUGGUCUCCAUGCACUUGGCUUUGGGAGUUUUUUGUGAGGCUAAAGGUACGAACUUGCUUCCAUUAUAUGUGGCUGUGGG